UGACUGCGCCACGAAAUGUUGGUUGCUACAUCACCCCGAAAUUACACGUAGUUGUAGAGCUCAUUCCGGUCGCCACUGGUACUGCUGAUGAAUAUGAAAAGAGAGAGGGGGAGAGAAAGACAUUAUAAAUAUGUGGGGAAUUCAGAGCUCUUCUUUCCAGAGUGAAAACCUCGCCCAGCAACAUUUCCAGCACAUUAUGACCUGCUGCGUAAGAAGAAGCCAUUUUGAAAAAGAGAACUGCAUAGAAGCCAUUAACACAGUUGAUAACACAGGUCGCUUUUAAGAAAAGAGGAACAGGGAGACAUGUCUGCAAACCCCUAAAAUGCGCUGCUUUUAUUGACAUAAAUAGGGCAUCUCCAGACACUUGGAUUGCGUUCUUAAUUUUGAAGUGAGCCAUCCCCACCCACCUUAAAAAGCACACCCUGUAAUAAUGGAUCCGAAGAUGAGAAAGACAAAGUUCCUUUUUCUUCAGCCUGUAGGCCUGAUAAAUAAAUGCCAUCAAAAUGUUAAGGUUUGGCGAACGGAAUGGAAAGCAAUCACUCAGUCUGUGGUUCGGGGGAGAGACGGAGAAGUUACAAGUUGAUUAUUGACCCAGCAUUGAAAAAGGGAUCGCAAAAACUCUACCGCUACGAUGGGCAGACGUUUAGCAUGCAAAAUUCAGGGAGGCCUCCAGUGGAUACCGUCAGAGACCCGAGAAUCAGUCGUCACUGGAUCAAGUACAAUGAGGCCGAUCUCCCUGUUCCGAAGUUUAAGAUUGACGAAUAUUACGUGGGACGUGUACCCCCGAAGGAGGUGACAUUCGCCAAACUCAACGACAACAUUAGAGAGGGCUUUCUGACCGACAUGUGCAAGAAGUUCGGGGAAAUGGAGCAAGUGGAGAUUCUUUACAAUCCCAAGAAUAAGAGGCAUUUGGGAAUCGCUAAAGUGGUGUUUGCCUCAGUGAAGUCUGCAAAAGAUGCCGUGCAAAAUCUUCACAACACUUCUGUCAUGGGGAAUAUUAUCCACGUGGAACUCGACCCCAAAGGUGAACAGCGCCUGCGCUACUUCCAGCUGCUCGUGGAUGGUGUGUACACCCCGCAGACGUUACCCGUGGGGGGGGAGGAGCCACGAGAGCCGUCCCCUGGCAGCCUGGCUGACAUCCUGCAGGUGUGUGAGACAGUGAAGAGGCUCACAGAGGGCAUCGUCACCCCGGGCAGUGUGGGCACUCCCCUAUCCCUGGACACGCCCUUCUCCAGCCAGCGGCAGGACACGCCCAGCAGCUUUGGCCACACCUCCCAGUCGCAGGGCACGCCCCACACCCCACGCAGCGUGGGCACGCCCUUCUCCCAGGACUCCGCCUACUCCAGCCGCCAGAGCACGCCCACCCACAAGCUGCGUCGCCAUGACACCAAGUUCCAGGACGCUUACAACCGCCGGCCGGAGCACCACUACGUGCACCGCGGGGCAGAGCCCACGCGAAAACCCCACCCAGCCCCGCCCGAGCCCGUAGCCCCGCCCUUCCCCCAAACCCCACCCCCUCCCAUCAGCUCCGCCUAUAAGCCCGCGUACCCCCAGUACCAGGCCCCGCCUCCUCCGGUUUACCCCCCGGCAGACGCUCCCUUCCCCCCCCCACAGCAGGACUACAACAGGCCGCCUCCCCCUCAGCCGGCCGAGCCCCAGCCACAGGCCCCUCCCACCCCAGAAAAGCCGGAGACCCCUCCCCUCCCUGAGCCGCCCCCCGCCCCUGCGCCCCACCCGGUCACGCCCCCGCCGGUCACGCCGGAGCCCUGCCCCUCCCCGGGCCCCGCCUCGGACACGCCAGCGCUGGAGGUGGAGCAUCACAGCCUGGACUCUCGCAUCGAGAUGCUGCUGAAGGGGCGGGGCCGCAGGGCCAGGCUGCCCUUCCUCAGCGAGGGCGAGUGGGAGGGGCCGGCGCACAUGGAGGUCAGUCCUGUGUCUUCUUGCUCCUCCCACCUCUCUCUGCCCCGCCUGCCCAGCCCGGGUCUGGAGGAUGUCAGCCCCACCCCCCUGCCCGACUCUGACUCUGACGUCGACGAGCCCGCCCCGCCCCGCCCCGCCACGCCGCCCCCCGAACCCCCCGAACCCCCCGAGCCCCCCGAGCCCCCAGAGCCCCCAGAGCCCCCAGAGCCCUGCCCCUCGACACAGGCUGACUCGGCCGACGCUAAGGGCUCGGGGAACCACACGCCCUCUGACAACAUGGAGUGUUGCUCAUCCUCCGGUGACGAUAUGGAAAUCUCUGAGGACGAGAUGCCCGGCACGCCCAUCGCCGGGGGCGACUGCGUCGAGGGCAUCGUGGUAAAUUCCGCCCCCCCGUCCAUCCCCAUCCCGCCCCCGGGCUUCCCGCCCCUCCCCCCUCACCAGACGGGCUUCGCCCUGCCCCCGCCCCACCACCUGCCCCCGAUGCUGCCCCACCACCUGCCCCCGUACCUCCACGCCCCCCUGCCCUUCGGCGGGGCCACCCUGCAGUGGGGGGGCGGGCACAUGUCCUUCCAGAUGCAGACGCAGAUGCUGAGCCGCCUGGCCCACAGCCAGCACCCCUCCUACUCCUACCCUCCCUUCGGGGCCCCGUACGGGGCGCCCGUCUGGCAGGCCCCCGCCCUACCCCAGUUCAACCCGGCCGUGCCCCCCCCGGGCUACGAGCCGCAGAAGGACGACCCCCACAGGGCCACGGUGGACGGCGUGCUGAGCGUGGUGGUGAAGGAGCUGAAGGCCCUCAUGAAGAGAGACCUCAGCCGCAAGAUGGUGGAGGGCGUGGCCUUCCGCUCCUUCGACGAGUGGUGGGACCGGAAGGAGCGCCUGGCAAAGACCUCGGUGACUCCGGUGAAGAGUGGCGAGGGGAAGGAGGAGGACAGGCUUCGGCCGAGGGAGGCUUUGAGGUCCAGCCUGCUGGAGACCCUGAAGCAGGGCGAGGGGCUCGGGUUUGAGGGCCUGGGCCUCAGCAUCGGGCUCCACGGGGCUAUCCGCCUGCCCUCCUUCAAGGUGAAAAGGAAGGAGCCGCCUGACCCCGCCUCCACCGGGGAUUCCAAGAGGGCGCGGCCGUCCACACCUGCAGAGGAGGACCUGGAGGAUGAAGCUUCCAGAAAGGAUGAGGAAGGUGGGGCUGGUCGACGGAGACACGGCCGGCCGCUGAAGCUCGAUAGCGAGGGGGAGGAGGAGGACGAGACCUCUGAGAAGGAGGAGUCUUCAUCAGACAAGGAGGAAGAGCCAGAUGAGCUGAAAGGCUCUGAUAGGCUGUCCUGUGGAAAGGAGGCUGAGGUAGAGGAGGAUGAGGAAGACGAUCGUGACUCUGACGGCAGUGAGAGCGAGUCGGACUCCUCAGAUGAAGACGCUGCCAGUUCCGCCUCGUCCAGGUCCGGCUCAAGCUCCUCGGGCGACAGCGACGACUCCUCCAGCUCCAGCUACAGCACCAGCUCCGAGGAGGAAGAGGAGGAGGAGGAAGAGGAGGACGAGGAAGAGGCGGUGGAUGUGGAGGAUGAAGGGGAGGAAGACGAGGGGCCUCGGACCUCGUCGUCUUCAUCUUCGUCGUCUUCGGCGUCGUCUUCUGAAGAGGAGACGGAGCUUAAAGCCAUCAGCUCUCCCAUGGGAGAGGGGGCGCAGCUUGACCGGGAGAGUCAUGAUGGGACUGCCCUGCAAGGGGAGGAGCGCAAUACCCUGCCCCCCUCUCCUACCGGAAUACCAGCUGAGGAUGUGUCGCUGCCGAGCAGGGUGCCCGUAUUUAAAGGCCAGUCCCUGGAGGAUGUGGGGUACCUGAGGCCCCCCACGCCCACCGGGCUGCUGCCCGAAUCCAGCCUGGAGCUCCAGCCCAGGAGCGGUGCAGAGGAGGGGCGACCCCGCACCCCCACCCGAGAAGCAGACCCGCACGCUGCUGCCAGGACCCUCCCCCCAGGCUCCACGCCCCUCGUCCUCCCCGGCCGGAGGCACACGGAGGAGGAGGCCCCCCCCACCCCCGGCGGUGGGCCCCCCGCUUUGGGACGGAACGCAGAGGGGGUGCCGUUGACGCCGUGCGGAGAAGCCCCGCCCAGGGGGCUGACCCUAACCCUGGUCUCUCCCAACGUCCCUGCCAGCCCCUUCUGCUACCUGUCUCAGUCCCCCGGGGGGAGCGCAGGGGUCCCCCGGACCCCCGGCAGAGACUUCAGCUUCACGCCCACCUUCCCGGACUCCGCCCCCCUCCCCCUCCUGAGGAAGGGCUCGGCCGACGGCCUGGAGCAGCGGCUCCUGUUCAAAGAGCCCGCCCCUGGCCCCGCGGCCCCGCCCACUGCUGACUCCCCUGUGGAUCCCCGCGCCUUCAGAGACCUCACCCCCCCCAAGAGGAAACCGGGGCGGCCCAAAAAGGCCCCGCCUGCCCCGCCCCCCGCCACCCCGGACCUGGCCCCGCCCGUCCACCCUGCGCUGAGAGACUCUCUCCCGGAGGGGCUGGACUUCAGGGACGGGCGGGGCGCGGCGGGGGCGGGCUUCCUGCCGCUGCGCGAGCUGGAGAACGUGCUGCCGCCGGACGGGAGGGGGGCGGAGCCGGCCGAGGAGGCGCUGAAGCCGGCGCGGAGGGCCCGGAGGAGGUGGGAGGAGCUCCUCCUCAGCAUGCACUCGCCCGUCGCCUCCCCGCCCCGCCCGCGCUACAGCCCCCGCUCCGAGUUCGAGGAGAUGACCAUCCUGUACGACCUCUGGAACGAGGGCAUCGACGACGAGGACAUCCGCCACCUGCAGGUGACCUACGACAAGAUGCUGCAGCAGGACAGCGACCACGACUGGCUGAACGACACGCUGUGGGUGCCCCACCCUCCGACCCGUGCGUGCGACCCGUGGCUGAAGAGGAAGCGGCGUGAUGACGGGAUGCGGGAUCACAUGACCGGCUGCGCCCGCAGCGAGGGCUACUACAAGAUCGACAAGAAGGACAAGCUCAAAUACCUCAACAGCCUCCGCGUGCCGUCCGACGAGAACCCCGCCGACACGCAGGGGAUGAGUAUUCCAGCUCAGCCGCACGCCUCCACCCGGGCGGGGUCAGAACGGAGGUCAGAACAGCGCCGCCUGCUGUCCUCCUUCAGCUGUGACAGCGACCUGCUGAAGUUCAACCAGCUGAAGUUCCGUAAGAAGAAGAUCCGGUUCUGUAAAAGCCACAUCCAUGACUGGGGCCUGUUCGCUCUAGAGCCCAUCGCCGCUGACGAGAUGGUCAUCGAGUACGUGGGCCAGAACAUCCGGCAGGUGAUUGCUGACAUGCGGGAGAAGCGCUAUGAAGACGAGGGCAUCGGGAGCAGCUACAUGUUCCGCGUCGAUCAUGACACCAUCAUCGAUGCCACCAAGUGCGGCAACUUCGCCCGCUUCAUCAACCACAGCUGCAACCCUAACUGCUACGCGAAGGUGAUCACAGUGGAGUCUCAGAAGAAGAUCGUCAUCUACUCCCGCCAGCCCAUCAACGUCAACGAGGAGAUCACCUACGACUACAAGUUCCCCAUCGAGGACGAGAAGAUCCCCUGCCUGUGCGGGGCGGAGAACUGCAGGGGAACCCUGAACUAGCCCGCCCAAACGCACCUGUCCCACCACCACACUGUGCCUAAAGCAAGAAACCAAAAAGCGAGAAACCCAAAGACAGGAUGGUGUGAGCUGUGUUGCGUGACCGUGUCAGGACCCCAGUCUGUGCCGUUCACCAUUUCAGGCGUUUGUUCUACUCAAAUUUACCCCUGUAUCUCUGCCCAGCGUACCCCAAAAAUCUAGUAAUAGUAAUACCCUGACAACACUAGCCUCUUUGUGUCCCGGUCCAGUGAGCUAAAUAUCUACCCCCUCCAGAAGAGAUUUGAGUAAUUUAUAUUCUUCCAAUAUGAGCUCAGAAUGGGUUUGUGUGGUGACACCGUGUCACUGACUCGCUGUAGUUGGAGAUGAUCUGGCCCUCUUCCUCCUGCUGACCUUCCUUUUAAUUCAGAAAGGAGGGACUAUUCUACAGGAGUUUUAAUAGUUACAACAGGACCCUUAGACCAAGUCAAUUACAUUCUUUUCUUACCUCUGCCCAUAGGGAGAAGAUCUCCCUCAUACAUGAGGCUCUACCGCCAGGCCAGGAUUUUAUACCCAGGCUCAUAACCCACUUUAUGACUGCCACUACAUCCCCUCUUAGUUCUGCAGUUCUUAGUUCUGUCUCCCAAGAGUCUUAGCAUUAAAUCUAAACACAAUACUAUCCGUUACCAUGUUACACGAAACACAGCACACACAAAACACGAAGCACAGCACACGACAGCAAAAAGCUAAAGCCGGCUAAUGAAGGCUAAUGGCUGGGUGAAGGGGGGCUGGCAUGGACUCCCCUUUGCAGGCCAUAACGGUUGCAUUGUUAUGCGGCGGACAUCUGGGGGCAGCUGUGUGGAACACGCACUCCUACAGUCCAAAUGCAGUGCGCUUCAGUUAUACCCCUACUAAAUUUGCUUGUUUGUGCGUGUGUGUGUACAGUUAGGUCCAUAAAUAUUUGGACUUUGACAAAGUUAUUAUUAUUUUAGCUGUCUACCACAGGGUAUUGGAGUUAGAAGUGAAUAGUGAAUAUGAGCAUCAGUUUUAUUUUGAGGGUAUUUAAUAUCUAAAUCGGGUGAACGGUGUAGGAAUUGCAGCCGUUUUACUACAGUCUCCCCAAUUUAAUAAUUGGACAAACUUUUAUACUUGGUUGCACUUCUUUGCAUGCCAUGCCUGUGGUAGACCGGUAAAAUGACUAACUUUGUCAAUGUCCAAAUAUUUAUGGUCCUAACUGUAUGUGUGUGUGCGUGCGCUUGCGCGCACGGCACAUGCGUUUGCUUUAAUGGUCUUCCACAAUUUGGUGCUACAACUGGUAUGGUCUUCACAAAGAUGUACAAUGUACAGAGCUUUCACCUGGAACACAGGUGUUCGUGAAACACAGGAUGUUUAUGAAAAAGGACAACGUGCCCCUUGUUAUUGCCCAUUGUGCUGCUUCUCACACGCUCAUUGGCCACUUUUAGGUACACCUGUGCAGUCCCUUGUAGGAGCCCUGAUUGCCUCCAGAACAGCCUGAAUUCUUCACGGCAUGGAUUCAACAAGGUGUUGGAAACAUUCCGUCGAGAUUUUGGUCUGCGCUGACUCAAUAGUAUUACAUACUUACUGCAGGUUUUUUGGUCACACAUUCACGCUGUGAACUUCUAAUUCCAACUCAUUCUAAAAUCGGUCGAUUGGACUGAGAUCUGGUUAACAACAGUGCUUAGGCAUGCCGUGGCAUUGAAAUGAUGCUCAUUUGUAUUAAGGGCCCUAAUGUGUGCCAAGAAAAAAUGGCCCAAGCCAUUAUACCACCAAGAACCGCCUGCACCAUUGACACCAGCUUGUGUGGAUCCAUGAAUUCAUAUUUGAGCCAUAUUCUGAACCAGCUAUCUGCAUGUUGCGGCAGAAUUUUUGAUUGGUCAGACCAGGCACGGUUUUUCUUCAGUCAUCCAGUUUUGGUGAUUCCCAUUUCCACUGUAACCUCUCAUUUCCUGCUCUUUGCUGAAAGGAGUGGAACGAGGUGUGGUCUUCUGCUGCUGUAGCCCAUCUGCUUGGAGGUUCAAUGUCUUGCAUGUUCAGAGACGCCCUCCUAGACACCACUGUUGUAAACCGCUGUUGUGGCCUUUACUGUUCACUUGCGCUUAAUGCUCGGUCGGAAAACAGCGAAAGCUCUUUGCCGUGUCUGCUUGCUUUGUAUAUUGAGUUGCAGUCACAUGAUUUGCUGUUUGGACUAGCAGGUCAUUUGUGCUAAUGAGUACCUAAUAUAUUGGCCACAGUGUAUCUCAAUGUGCCACGUAAACAAUGAUCACCAUAGCCCAGGUCUCAGAGUAAUGUCACCACAGUAUCGAAUGAUCUUGCAGUUCCUGGAUUUUGUUGCUGUUGUUUAAUUGUGAAUGCACUAGAGCUUUUGGCAGCCUGCUUGCUCCACGUCAGCCAAUCAAAACCCUGACAGCCAGCCCAUGUCUUCCUCAGUUGAGGGCCAAUCACAGGGCGAGGGGCUGAGUAUUUAACCAUAGUGAGUUUAUAUUGUUCAGGUUUCUAACAGUGUUUUUCCUGAGAAGGGGGAAUCCUGAAAAUGGACACGUUUCUUUUUAAGAAAGAAUGAUGAAGAAAUCAGGGACAUUUUGAAAAACAGAGUAAAUGUUUAGUGUAUAAAGCGUGUUUUUCUCUUUUGCAUAACAAGGGCUCAGAUUUCCCUUCUAAAGAUUGUUUCUUGUAGAAACGUCUUCCUUUUUUUGUCCCCUGCCAGUUCUUUUUAUAAUCCAAAGUUUGUAAAUGCAUUGUAUAACUGUGAAUGACUAUAUUUUGUGUUGGGAAGGUUUACUGCAGCUCUGUGGGAUGUUGGUGUAGAUAGAGCUGGCAGUGGUAUUUUCAGCUUGUGUCAAGCUUUUAUUCUGUUGUAAAUUCUGUGAAAUGAAAUGUUUGCGGUGUGGAGAGAUGUGCUGAAAUUUAAGAUCAUGGCCAUGAGAUUUUGGAGGGGUGAUGUGUCCCCCCAAUGCUCAGGUCUAUUUAUUAUAAUGUGCAAAAAUAAAAUAAUGGGUAAAAUAUA